AUGGGCGCCGCGGGCUCCAAACUCGAGAAAGCUCUCGGCGACCAGUUCCCGGAGGGAGAACGCUACUUCGGAUUCGAAAAUUUCGGCAACACUUGUUACUGCAACAGUGUUUUGCAGGCCCUUUAUUUUUGUGCUCCCUUUCGUGAACAAUUGCUUGAGUACUGCGCAAAUAAUAAAAGUGUAGCUGAUGCUGAGGAGAAUCUCUUGACCUGCUUGGCGGACCUAUUCUCGCAGAUAAGUUCCCAAAAGAAGAAAACAGGAGUUAUUGCUCCCAAGCGCUUUGUACAGAGGUUGAAGAAGCAAAAUGAGCUUUUCCGGAGUUAUAUGCAUCAGGAUGCACAUGAGUUCCUGAAUUAUUUGCUAAAUGAGCUCGUUGACAUCUUGGAGAAAGAGGCAAAAGGUACAAAAACGGACAAUGAAAGUUCAUCGUCUAAUGGACUGAAAGUUCCUCAGGCAAAUGGCGUGCACAAAGAGCCUAUUGUUACAUGGGUGCACAAGAUUUUUCAGGGUAUACUUACCAACGAGACAAGGUGUCUACGGUGUGAGACAGUAACAGCAAGAGACGAAACAUUCCUAGACCUAAGCCUUGAUAUUGAACAAAACAGUUCAAUAACUAGCUGUUUGAAAAACUUCAGCUCUACAGAGACUCUACACGCUGAAGACAAAUUUUUCUGUGACAAAUGCUGCAGUUUACAAGAAGCGCAGAAAAGGAUGAAGAUCAAGAAACCGCCACACAUCUUAGUCAUACAUCUGAAACGUUUCAAAUACAUGGAACAGUUGGGUCGCUACAAGAAGCUAUCUUACAGAGUCGUCUUCCCACUGGAACUGAAACUCAGCAACACAGUGGAGGAAUACGUGGACAUUGAGUACUCUCUCUUUGCAGUCGUGGUUCAUGUCGGAAGCGGACCCAACCACGGUCACUAUGUUAGCCUCGUGAAAUCUCAUAACCACUGGCUCUUCUUUGACGAUGAGAAUGUUGAAAUGAUCGAAGAAUCUGCUGUUCAGACAUUCUUCGGUUCGUCACAAGAGUACUCGAGCAAUACUGAUCAUGGCUACAUCUUGUUCUACGAGAGCCUCGGAACAAGAUAG